GCUGAGAGGGCAAUAAAAUCAGUUGAUAAUGAAACUCUCACAACGUUGAAUGUGGCGAUUGACGAAGGCGCUUCAUUGUUUUGUUUGAUAAAAAAAUUGUUAAAGAACGAGAAGAGAUUUUCGGUAGCAAAUUGUUGUUUUCGAAAUAAAAAGGGAAAAUUUUCAAGAAAAAGAAUAUAAAUUAUCCUAAAGAAAAUUAAGCAAUAAAAUUGUGCAAAGGAAAAAGUGACAAGUGCAUUGAAGAAGAAAACCAAGAGGAAACAAAAGAACCAAAACAUCACUGGUGUCGCGGCGUUUUGUUUUUAAAAUUGCUGUGCGUGUGCGUUCUGGCGGCCGGUCGUUAAAUAAGUUCUCUGGCUAAAAUAAAACAGAAAGUGUUGAAAAGGAAAUUUUGCAAAUAUAAAUUAAAAAGAAACAACAAUAACAACAAGAAUAAAGGCUAGAAUUUUUGUAUAGAAUAAUUUCAAGAAAGCGAAGAUGAAGAUUGCAAAAUUUCGAAACAAAAAAAUCUAAAUAAAAGUGCAAUCAAUAUUGUGAUAUCAAGUGCCUUAAUUUGGGAAAAUAUAAUAAUUUUCCACCAAUUAUUUUUGUAAAUUAAGUGGUGAUUUUCCAAUUUUUUUUUGGAAAAUGUAAACGCCCCUGCUUAUCUGCCCACAAUUUCAAAGAAAAAAAUGCCAAGAAAAAUAGAGGGGUUUUGUUUUUAUGUAUUAUAAAACAACAACGACGACAAAAAAAACCAACCAAAUAGUCAACAACGUCAAAAUCGAAUCGCGGCAUACAACCACGCAGUUUUUUUCGGUUUGUUUUGCAUUUUAUUUUAUCUAUGACGUUUGACAGCAACAAAAAAAAAAUCAAAGUGGCAAUUGCAAUAAUUAUUUCCAUUAUUUAAAUUGAAAAUUUCAAAUAAAGCUAAAAUUUGAUUUUUGGGAUAAUUCGGUGAGCUAAACUUGCGCCUAAGAAGUUAAUCUGUUUGGAAACCAACGGGCAACAACAACAAUAACACGUUUUGGAUAUAAUUCAGUUUGGAGUUGUUCUUGUUUCAAAAUAUAAAAAGAAGUAGCAACAACAAGGCCACCACUGCCAAGAAGUCAGCCAGUCAGUCAGUCCAUCAUCCAAGUCAAGUCAAUUGGUCAAACCCUGCAGCAAUUUUUGGUCGAGCAACGCUAAACCACCAUAGCAUGUUUCUUGUCGUCGUCUACUCGACUAAGUCGGCCAAACAGUUUUAAACGCAGAUGCCUUCCCAUAAAUAUGGAAUUGGGUAUAUGUAAAACGGAAUUACCACCCACGACGAAAUUUAUGUUGCCCACAACAUCACCGUCUGCGUUCUUUGAGAAAUCUCAUCAUUCUUCGCAUCAGCUCCACAAUCAUCAUUUGGUGGAUACAGCAAAUUUUAGUGAUAUUUUAAAUUUUCCCAAUAAUUAUUUAUUUAAUAAGGCCAGCAACAACAACAUAACAACAAAUUGUGAUAAUACAACAAAUUCCACGUCACAAUCUCAACUGUCUUCCAAUUCCAGCAACACCACCAUCAGUACAAUGCGUCUAAAAAAGAAUCGCAAAGUAACAUUUCUUCCCAAUCUAAUUGAGAGCAAAAAUAUAUUCAUCAAAGAAGAACCACUAGAUGGUCUGAAGGAUUUGCCACCGCCAAUAUGCAGUAUAUCGGAUAUCUCAGAUCAUGAGGCGUCAUUAGAUGUUCCAAAUCAAAUACCUCCCCUGACACCGGGUACAAAUCGCAAAGUCACCGAGGUGCUGAAAGCCUCCUUCGCAUCAUGGGAGAAGGAGGCUCUAAACCGCAAUAUAACCAAAGAUCCCCGCGAAUGGACUGAAGAACAUGUUCUGUAUUGGCUCAAUUGGGCCGUAAAGGAAUUCUCCCUUACCAUGGAUAUGGAGCCAUUCAGAAAUCUGAAAGGACGUGAUAUGAUUGAAUUAGGCAAAGAGAGAUUCCUGGCAAUAACACCACCCUACACUGGUGAUAUUCUCUGGGAACAUGUGGAUAUAUUACAAAAAGAUUGUGAAAAACCGAUGGACGAGUGUGUAAAUACAAACAAUGCAUAUCAAACAACAACAGCAUCAGUAACAUCAUCAGUCUGUGGAUCAGACCAAUUAGGCUAUAAUAGUAAUAAUAAUGUUAACAAUACGGAUAUAAUAAUGGCAACGGCCAUGGAUGCCACCACAUCUAACUGUACAAAUGCAUCGACAACAACAUUAAGCAACAGUAGCAAUAAUCAACGUCUAACACCACAGGACUUUAAUGCGUUCUCAUCGUUAUCCUUGUCAUCGUCGUCGGCAGCACCAUCAGCAUCAUCAUCGGCUGCCGUAGCAGCAACAUCAGCAAUGUCUUCCUUAUCCUCAGCGUUAUCGUCUUCAUCAUCAUCGUCGUCGUCUUCGUCUUCGUCAUCAUCGUCUUCCACAUCGUCAACGUCUUCCUCUGCCUUAGCGAUAGCUCUUGCUAAUGGUUCAGCUACAGCAGCCAGUGAUAAAUUAACAGCAACUCUGAGACAUCAGCAGCAGCAACAACAUCACAGUGGUUACGGAUCAUCAACACACGAUCGCAACAACAGCCCGCCACCACAGCAGCAGCAACAACAAAAUGCUGCUAACAAUCAAAACUCAAUGCUGCCACCCGCUCAUGCAAACCAACAAAAUGCCACAUCGGCUGUUUCAGUUUCACAACCCAGCAGCCUUUCGCCCAAUAGUGUUAAUAGCAACAACAACAAUAACAACAACAAUGGUGCAAAUCUCAAUUACAUGCAAAUGUCGAUGCGUAAUUCAGCUGCUGCCGCUGCAGCUUUUUACACACAACAUCAAAUGAAAGAGGAGCCCGGUACCCAAAGCGCCUAUGGUAAUCUCGCUGGCUCGAAUUCCGCCAAUCCCAAUGAUCCCACAGAUCUCACAGCCCAAUUUGGCCUAACGCCAGCCCAUUUAGCCAAUGCCAAUGCUGUGGCUGCCGCAGCCGCUGCUGGUUACGAUGACAGUGAUUAUCACAGUACUAUGUCUUCACAAGAUCAUCAAGCCCAGGCGGCCAGCAAUUAUUUGGACAGUAAUCCAGCCGAUUUCUAUAGCCUCAAUGUGGAGCAAAAAUACAAUGCCUAUGGUCGCUCAAGAUUUCAUGAUGCCUAUUCGCCGGAAUUUUCACCCUAUGAUACACCACAAUUCCCCAGUAUGGCCGCCCAAGCAGAUCAGUGGGCCAGUCAUCAUGGUGCUCAACAUCCAGCUGCAUAUUUGUCAUCGAUGUGUUUGGAUAAGGCCUUGCUGGGUGGUUAUUCAACUCAGGGUGGAGUGCCAUGUUUCCAGGGCUCUGGACCCAUUCAGUUGUGGCAAUUUUUAUUGGAAUUGUUAAUGGACAAAACGUGUCAGGGAUUUAUAUCUUGGACGGGUGAUGGUUGGGAAUUCAAGCUGACCGAUCCAGAUGAGGUUGCCCGCCGCUGGGGUAUACGCAAAAACAAACCAAAAAUGAAUUAUGAAAAGCUAAGCCGAGGCCUACGUUAUUAUUAUGAUAAAAAUAUCAUUCAUAAGACAGCUGGUAAACGUUAUGUUUAUCGUUUUGUAUGUGAUCUACAAGGUUUAAUUGGUUGCUCACCUGAAGAAUUGUGUGCUAAAUAUGACCUCAAAACCGAAAAGAAGGAUGAUGAUUAGAUUACCAAUAAAUCUCAGCCGUUCUUGUGUUUACGCAGAAAGAGAGAUAAAAGGGGUUUUGGUCCCUUACAAAACAAAUGAUACAAAAACAAAAUGGUGGAUUCUUCCAAAUGUGCUUAAAAACUACAACAACACAAAUUGUUUGUAAUUAAGAAUUCAAUGUAAAUUUUUAAAUGCACAAGUUAUUAUUCUACCCCCAUCAUAGACGCACAAUAAAAAAGCAACAAUUUUGUUUAAUUUCUCGCAAAAAAAAAAACCGUUUUUUUGUAAUUGUUUUUAAAAACAAAACAAAAAUGUUUUUUUUUAAUAUAUAUUAAAUAGUUUUUUUAUUAUUAAUAAGAAAUAUCAUUGAAAACGUGAUGUAUUUUAAGGAAAAUUGUUUUUUUACACAAAAAAAAAUAUAUAUAUUUUUUAUUUUAUUUAAAAAUACAAGAAAACCAAUAAAUAGUGGAUUCGUAGGAAAUUAAAAACAAAAUAUUUUCUUAAAGUGCUAAGACGAAAAAAAAUUAAUUUGAAAUUAAUUAAAUUCCCCGAAGAUAGGUUUGAAAAAUGUAAUUUUAGUUAUUUUUUAACCAGCAAUGUUCUCGUUAAUUUAUUAAGUUUUUAUAAAAUGUAUACAAAACCCAAAUUUGAUAACAAAAAAACAAGGCUCAAUAAAUUAAUUUAAUUGUGCAAUUUACAAAAAAAAAAUUAAAAAAUUGCCUGAAUAAAAUUUAAUAUGCCAUACAACAAAAAAACAUAAUUUACAAAACAAACAGACCGCUUACACAAGUAAUUGAGUAUCCAAAGUUAAGUGAUAUUAAACAAAAUUAAAAAUAUAUAUUUUGUAUAUAAUUUUCUUUAAAAAAUAUUUUUAAUCUUAAAACAACUUCCCUUUCCCCAUUCUUUAAGUGUCUUAGACUUCAAGUUUUCUUUGUCUUUAAUUAUUAUUAUUUUUAAUUCAACCCUUAAAAUAUAUACACAAAUCAUUUCUCAGUGCAUGAGUGCUUCCGUGAGACUCGAGAGUUUUAACAAAACAUAAAAUUUAUUACAAUUUUAAAUGAAAACAUAAAAAAUCCCCAACUUUGUAAAAGAAACCAGCGUGGAAAGAAAAAAAAUUAAAUAAAACCAUGAAAAGAUUAUCAUAAUUGUUUAAAGUAGUUUUUUUAGAUGAUACACAAAAUAAAAAUCUUAAAACUUUAAUUUUAAGUAGGUGUAAAAAAAUUACAAUUAUUAAUAUAAAAACAAGAACUCUACAUAUACUUAUAUAAUAAAUUAUAUUUAAAAUCAAAUUUUAAUUAUUUUUUUUUUUUUUUUUUUUUUGUAAUUAUAAGUCAGAAAAACAAAACCAACAAACGUAAAAAAUGCUCAAAAACAUUUGCAUAAAUUAAAUAAAUAAAAAAAAACAUAUUUGUUAAAAAUAAAAUACAAUUUAAAAAUAAUAA